AAUUGCAAUUCACAAUUGGAGUUGAGUGAGUGUGAGUGUGGACUGUUGUUACCGAUACCCAAAUAAGUAAAGCUUGCUUUGUUUUAUACUUGGUCGACGGAAAAAUGAAAAGAAGAGAAUGAAACCAAUAUCAGGUCAGGUAUUGUCAGAGUUUCAUUACGUUAGCUCUAGUCAGUUUACGCAACACGGUGUGUUAAUAUGUUAAAUAGAAGCAUUGGUUUGCUAGUUGCAUUCAUCCAGGUUUUGCAAUGGUUCCCUACAGCUCAAACAAUCGAUCCGAAAACUUUCGUCGGAUCCAAGUUAGAUGUGUUGUCCGUUGGUAAAGGAAAAACAGAUGUGUCUGAUUCGAUUCAAAAUUUGAAGCAAGUAAUAUCAGAUAUUUCGGAACACCAGAUUGUUUUAAAACGUUCGAACAUACGCCUCAACUAUACGAGUGACUCGAGAAAAAUGCUCCUGACUCGUACUGAAAAACGCGGAUCCUUCUAUAUUUUUAUUGAAAACGAAAUUCAACGUAUAACUAUCUAUCACGAUGUCCUGCAUGUUGUACCAAUUGCUCAAAUUAAUGAUAUUAAGGGAGUGGAUGGCGUCGAUGAGUUCGAGGUAGAAGAGUUUCAUUCCCAUGCCAAUAAAACCUACCUCAUAGUGUGUGUUCACCUUAAGGAUCGAUUUCAAAUUUAUCAGAUCCUACAAGGACAGCUGAACGACAAUAAAGCACUUAAAUCGAUUCAAAAAAUACGUCGGCGUGGGCAGUCUAUAAAAACAUUUCUGGUGGAACAUGAGUCCAAUUUAUAUCUUAUUACCAGUUACCUAGAAUCAAACGCAGGGAAAGUCGAAGUGUACCGCUGGUUAAACUUUCAUUUUUCUCUGGAAGACAUUAAGGAUGUACCAAGACACGACGGAUUAAUAGUACACAGCAACAAGCAAUUAGUUAUAUUAGUGGUACGUUCUGCUGUGUAUCCAGAGCGCGCAAUGAACCAUAUUUAUGUAAUGAACGAGAACCGCAAAUUCGUAAAAACACAAGAAAUGUACUUCUUGUUCAAUCGAUUGCCGUUUUAUCGAGUUAACAGUGAUUUGUAUAUAUUGCGCUGUCUUGCAUCGGAUAAAUGUUUCUUGUACAAAUGGAAUCGCGAAAGUUUGUUUAUUCGUGUCAGUAAAAUUGGUUUUGAUCCUAGAAAUAUUGAUUAUUUGGAUUCACGGCACAGUAUUAUUGUAAUUUCGUCUAACAACGUGUUAUAUUUUUUUUAUAAACAACCUCUACUGAAAGCAACUGCGUCUUACGUAUCAAUAGAUCAUUUUGGAAAUACUGCUGAUAUUUUUCCAAUGAAUAACGAAGUUAGUUACAUCUAUAUAUAUAAGGAAUCGGAUACCGGCAAACUUUAUCUCUGCAUAAUAUACAAGAAGGGCGAAAUGGAAUUCAUCGAACUUCAAUUGAACGAGCAACGAGAAGCGGAUGUCUACGAAGGUGAUCCAGCCAGGUUCAAUGCUCUGAAAACAUGUCUGAUGGAUUUUAAAAACACAGUAAAUUUACGGAAAAUUUGGACUGAUUUGAUAAGAUAUCACAUGAAAAAUGUACUAAGUGUUUGUCAAAAUACCUUUCCAAGUCACUUGAUGUUCACCAAAAAUUUAUUUGCUGAAAACACUAACAUCAUAAAGCAAAUAUUUGUUAAUGGAUUUAUCAAAGACAGCCCCAGUGUGAUCCAUCAGGAGUGGAAUGCCUUAAGGAAGAAUAUUCAUGAGAUGCUAGCGCGUUCUAGGAAUUUGAUUUAUCUCAAUAGAGCUAAUACAAUGGAAUCAGAUUUUAAAAUAAUGGGGAAUCUGCACACAAAUAAGGCUCAGAUGCACAGGAUUACUAUUCAACGUCCAGAAUCACAUAUUGUGCGAAAUAAAAGGCAUUAUCGGCCUCAGAAAAAAAUCGCACAGAGAACUAUAAACGUGAAAGAGUUUAAACAUAACGGGACUUUGUUUAAAGAUAUAUUGUUGAAGAAAAAACCCAACCAUGCAUCGUUCCAUGGAAAUAUUAGGAACAUGAAAACGUCAUCGGUUAAUUUAAAAAAUGAAAAAAUCAAUGGAAUAAGCAUGAUUCAAACAUUAUUCAACACAAAUAACGGAAACAUCGUAGAACGGGGAAGGAAAAUAUUUCAAGCAAUUGAUACAAAAAAUAUCAAAACUUUAUCUGUCAAUGAUCACCUCUUCCGACAACAAUUCGCCAAUUUGAGAAGUGUUUCAUUUUUCAAAACACGCAGUGAUAGUAUCAUUCAAUUGUCUGGUAUUCGUGAGGCUACAACCCUCAAUGUUGACAGAAAAAUGAAUAAUAUUCUCAUCUUGAAUCUGAUGGAACAAUUGUAUUAUACAAAUAAAGCACUCGUUGUAGCAGGGAAUAUACAACUUCAAUCGUGUGCUUCCAUCAGGAACGUUCUCUGUUCCUCUAUUAAUUCCCGUAUGACUAACAUCCUCUUUGACUUGAAAACAAAUCAGUCAGUUUUUUCAAGUAUGCAUAUGUUUAGAGUUCAUACCACAGCUCUGAAUUAUCAACUCCUAAAUGGGCACAAUAUCGGUAGGAAUGCAGCAUCGACCAAAGCAACGAAAUUCAUUGAAAAAGCAUCAGUUUCGAAUUUUGUUGUAAUCGGUGACCUUGCACUAUCUGCUGAAGCUAGAAACACUACACGACAUGUACUUGGAACAAACAUCGAGGAUUUUUUUCAUAUUUAUACAGGUCGAGUAUUACUCAAAGGAUCCUUGACAUUGAACAAUUUGAAAACGAGCAGUCGAAAAAAUCAAAGUUUUGUCAGAAAAUUUGUCAUUUCAUCGAUAGAAGACCAUUUCUGGAUGAAAAAAUCAAAACAGAAUAUCAAUAAUAUUGUGUUUUUGCGGCCCGUUCAAACUACUCAACUACUCUGUGUGGAAUUGAAUUAUAACGAUGCUACUGAACAUCUUAAAAAGGAUAAUUGGCACACAAAUACAAUUGUGAACCUUUUAGAAAUACACAUAUCAGGCAACAUGCAGUCUCACACACCCAUCAAAACUUUCCUGAAGUAUAUAGACUCUGGAAUUGUGCGGAGAGAAUCCAUAUCAAAAGUAUUUGGUUAUAAAAUAUUUACAUCAUCAAUAGAUGUAGACAUACUAAUAACAGACAACGUCAAUUUAAUUCAUACUGGAGACUUUAUGACUCGAGUUGGUUCUGUUAGAGUAUUCCGCGAUCUCAAGCAUAUCGGCAAUCUGGAAAUAGAUGAAUGCUUCGUUGGAUUGUUGGGAACAUUCGUUGUUGAGUAUCUACAUGGGAGUUUACUGCAGGACAUAAUUGACUAUUGCGUUAAUUCUCGUGAUAUUCAAAGAAUUAACCAAAUUACACUCCUUGAUAUGACCGCUAAGUACAUGAAUGCACACCUGAUUAAUGAAUCCAAAGUAAAGCAUUUAAUUAGAGAAUCAAAUUUCUCGAAAACUUCUAUUGAUACGUUUGCGAAAUUAUUGAAAGUUGAUAAUCUUGUGAUAGAUGGCAAUAUUAUUAUUACAAAUCAGAUCAUUGUUGAAUAUUUGAACUUAGUCAAUAUAAAAGAAUAUUUUAUACUCUUGGCUCAAAAGGACCAAGAUAGCACCUUGAAAAAUCGUGAAAUCGGAGGCAGCAAGAUGCUUCCAACUGGUAGUGCUGUAGACGCAUACUUCUUCAAUAUGCAACUGAACGAUAUAAUAAUGAAUAAUUUUCUACAUGAUGCUGUGAGGAUCUCAAUUCAUCAAAACAUCAUUAAGUCAUGGUUUUUCAAUAUUAUGAGGACCGAAUAUAUUACUACGAAGCAAGUGAAUGAUGUUCUCACUAAUAAGAUAGUCGAAGCAAACUCGCGAGAGUUCAAAAUUCAACAAGAUGUUGCAGUCAAAACCUUAGUAGUGUCUUCUAAUUCACAAGGAAAUAUCAUUACAAACAUUUCGGACAUUCGAACUCCACUGAAAAUGAAAAUGAUUUCAACUUUUCUCAUACAUGGAGCGUAUUCACAACAGCACAAUAAAAAAGGAACCGUUUUCCUUGAUAUAAUAAUAUCAAGCGUCACAAGUGACUAUGGCACAACUGAAGGAAAAAUUGUUUUACAUGGAGAUUCUACCGAAAUUCAGAGCGCCACAUACAGUAAACAUAUACUGAAUAAAAACUGUGAUUUUCUAAGGAUAAUUAAGGAUUCGGUAAGACAUAAUCAGCGUUCGGUAACAUUCAUUGGAAGAGGACGUGUUUACCACAAUGUGAUUGCCAGAAAAAAUGUAUUAUCAAUAGAGUUGAAAAGUGAAACAGUUAACGGAGUUAAUUUAAAUCGAUUGGAUAUUAGCAUCCACAAUAUUGUUCUACAGCAAGAUCAAUACAUAAUCAACACGAACAAAUAUUUUGAAUUUGGUUUGCAGUUGGUACGCUUGAUCACUCAUGAUAAACAUUUCGCAAAUCUAUAUCCGCCCAACAAGCCAAAUCAAUCCAACGGUGAGGUACAAGCAAACCACCAUCGCUUCGAAGCUCUAGUUAUGGUUACAGGCGACGUGUUCAUCGGUACAAUCAACAAUUUUCCCUUGCAGGAUUUCUUGAGUAUGCGAGUGAUAAAGAAUCAUUCUAUUUCACAAGUAUAUAUGCAAACUUCACAACAAAUAACCGGAAAUAUGACAUUUUCGUUGCUAGUCUUCUAUAAAAACGAAAAUAUUAUUCAAACAAUUAAUCGGAUUCUAGUAAGCGAAAUCAUAACUGAAACUUUGGGCGAUCAUCAAAUCAUAUCUGGACCUAAAUGGUUGCUGAGAAAUUUGUUCCCAAAUGGACCAACAUCAGUUAAACGUUGUAAUGGAUACUACGUUUUAGAUACAUACAAGUCAAGCUACUUAUUGCAUGAUGAACAGUUCCACUCAGAAAACAUAAUAUUUAUUAAAGAAAGUAUAAUACAACAAGGCAUAUCUGCUCGAAUAUUAUUCAACAACAACUCAGUGAAGAGAAUGAUGGGGUUACGAUUUCUCCCAGUAGAAAAUCUAUUCCCAUUAAUACCAUCAAUACGUGAAUUGAUUUUCUCUCGCAGAUCGUAUCAAAAUGCAGCAGCUUAUGUUCCGUACAUUGAAAAUACUGUCGAUGCCAAUGAAUUUCGUAGUACUUUCCGGCGAGAUUCCAAGGAACCAAAUGGAUCUGAUAACAUUAUUAUUAACGAGGUAUACAUUAAUGAGGUAAAGCAACUCAAUCUAACGAUUCGCUUCAAGAAUCAACACUUUGAAACAGAAUCUGUUAGCCAUCUGAUAAUUGGCCGUCUGGAACAAGUAGACUGGGCAGAGAUAACUUACAAAGAAAUGAAACAGCGGCUUGUACUGCUAUUGAUUAUGGAAGAUGGCCGAUAUGUUUUAAACUUGUUUGCUCACAAGGAUGAUGGUCUCAUUGAACAGCAAGCAAUUACAUCACUGUCAUCAUUUAGUAAAUUUCAGCUUGUGCAACAUAAUUCCACAUCAACUUUUAUGACAUUAUCACAAUCAAUCGAAGUGCCUCCAGAUAAUGUUGUCUACAAGAUACAGUUGUUCUAUUACGAUGUUGAAGUAAUGCGAUUUGUGCACUUCCAAACAAUGAGAGACUACUACAGAUUUGCUAUAGCUGUAGCAUUGCAUGAAAAGGUCAUGCUUAUUGUUGCGAAAACCAAUUCAAACGUUUUGAUGGUUAUGGAACUUGUUGACAAUGUGCUCUAUCAGAAAAUUAUGUUUCAUUCUAACGUCGCAUCAGUUGAAGUAUUAAAUUUAGAAGAUUCCGUAGCACUGAAAACGAUAACGAUGGAUGAUAUUGUUCACGUUUACGUACACGUCCCACUCGAGAAUGAAAAGUCGAUCACGAUCGGAUUGCGAAAUUUCCAAACUCAUUCGGGUUCCGGAAUAGAGGGAUGGAAACACUUUUCAAAUGGAAGAAGAUGAGAACGUGUAAUAAAACAAUCAUUCGAAAAAUGGCAAUUAUAUAAUAUAAAAAUAUUAUGAUAUUAAAAUAAACUAAAACAUGCAAAAUAACAUUAAAAAAUUGAUGGGUCUGGGCCUAUGGGCAUGGACGGGAUCUUGACAUAGAACAAUGAUUGUGUGAAGUAAUUGCGUUUGAAUUGAGUUUUUUCAUUGUUCAUCAUCAUCUGUAUUUUUGUUCUUUUGAUGGAAGAAGAUUAAAACGUCUAAUAAAAUAAUCAUGUGAAAAAUGGCAAUUAUAUAAUAUAAAAAUAUUAUGAUAUUAAAUAAA